CGGAUUGGCCCCUCCCUCCACCUCGCAGGGAUCCUGGGCCCCGCGGCAGCCGGGUAAAGCCGGGCUGAGGCAGAGAGCGGCUGCUUUGGGGGACGGAAGGUCACGUGAGGCUUCUUGGUCCCGUGGGUGGAGACGAAAAGCUGCGGUUAAGGAGGGUCGGAUUUAACCGUCACGGGGAAGCGAGCUCUACGGAAUCGCGGAGGGGGCUGAGAUAGUGAAUUCCCAAGAAGAAAAUAAUGGAUUUCAUAUUAGUUAUUCUCUAAAUGUUUGGACUCAGCAGCGUAUAGGUUUGUUGCAAAAGCUAAAAGAAGAUGGCAACUCCUUAUGUCCCAGUUCCUAUGCCCAUAGGGAACUCUGCUUCCACUUUUACAACCAACAGAAACCAAAGAAGUUCUUCUUUUGGGAGUAUCUCAACAAGUUCAAACUCUUCCAAAGGCCAGUUAGAGGACUCAAAUAUGGGUAAUUUUAAACAGACAAGUGUACCUGAUCAAAUGGAUAGUACUUCAUCUGUCUGUAGCAGUCCCCUCAUUAGGACUAAAUUUACAGGUGCAGAUUCUUCCAUUGAGUAUUCUACUAGACCAAAAGAAAGUGAGGAACAAAAUCCUGAAACAGUGUGUUUGGAAGAUAGACCUUCUACACCUACUAUAUUGGGUUAUGAGGUGAUGGAAGAAAGAGCUAAAUUUACCGUAUAUAAAAUACUAGUAAAGAAAACCCCAGAAGAAAGCUGGGUGGUUUUCAGAAGAUACACUGACUUCUCUAGGCUUAAUGAUAAAUUAAAAGAGAUGUUUCCAGGCUUUCGAUUAGCACUUCCACCAAAACGCUGGUUCAAAGAUAAUUACAAUGCCGACUUUUUAGAAGAUAGACAAUUAGGAUUGCAAGCGUUUCUUCAAAAUUUAGUGGCUCACAAGGACAUUGCUAACUGCCUCGCAGUGAGAGAAUUUCUUUGUCUGGAUGAUCCGCCAGGUCCAUUUGAUAGCCUAGAAGAAAGCAGGGCUUUCUGUGAAACUUUAGAAGAGACAAAUUACCGUUUUCAGAAAGAACUACUUGAAAAACAAAAAGAGGUGGAAUCACUGAAGAAACUGCUCAAUGAAAAGCAACUUCAUAUAGAUACUCUAGAGAACAGAAUUAGAACAUUGUCUUUAGAACCUGAAGAAUCACUGCUCAUGUGUGGAACGGAAGGUGGACACAUCCCAAAGGUGGAGUCCUCUGCACCUGAGGUUGAUAGAGAUGAUUUACAUGAAGAAUCUAGAGCUGAUGAUAAGCCAUGCUUAAGUUUGAGUGAACCUGAAAAUUCUGUAUCAGACAUAGAAGUAGCAGAAGUGGCAUACAGUGCUGAGGACGACUAACUGCGAGCAGUUCCUUCCAUUUCUGUGUUUCGGCAAAUUUAGAAUAGAGUGGGAAAUAGUUAAAAAUAAAAGACUGAAUCAUUUACAGAAAACAAAAAGAUUGCACAUGUAUAAAGUUUACAUAAAGAAAAGUUUUUUAAGUUAUUGGGAUAGGAAAUGUAUUCAUUGCUGCUUUAAACUAUCUUUUAUCCAACCUUUGUAUUUAAUACACCAAAAAAAAAAUCUAGUUAGAAUUCUGUUAUCAAAACUAAAUUCUUAAAUAAUGUGCAUAAAUUAUUUUGGCUUUUUGCCAAUAUAUUGCUCCAAACUAAUGUGUGUAUGCACGCUUGUGUGUGUGUGUGUGUGUGUGUAUGCGUGUCUGUGUUUGUGUUUAAAUUGCCAAUUAUAUCAUUUAAGUGGACAUUAAAUGCAUGUUGCUAUCUGGUUGAUAUUACUUCUUUGUAUCUCUGACAUGAUAUAUUUUCAUUAGUGGUUUAAAUCAGUGGUAAAGAUGAAUUAAGUUUUAAAUAUUGACAUGUUUGCCAUCUGUAAAUAAAAAUUGCCUGUUGCAAUGUUAUUGCUAUUUAAAAAGAAGAAAACUUUCUAAUACCAAAGGAAAACUAUUUGAAAGACCUAUAGUAACAUAUAGUAACAUAGCUGAAGUGAUAAAAUAGCCUUGAUUUUAAAAGCUAACUCAUUAUCAGAAUAUUAUAAGCGUCCUAGUUUAUUAUAAUAUGUUGUACUGAUUUUCCAUAUAAUCUUUAUCUUAAAUCUCUACCUGUAGAAUCAGUGAGUUUGCCUCUUUCAGAAUACUACCUCUUUUUGCUAAUCAAAAUAUACUCUUUUGAAAAUAUUGAUUCUAAGCAAAUAGGGAGUUACACAAAAAAAAACACAAAAUAAAAAGCCAUAUAUACUAUAAAGUUCCUAACUAUGUUGACUCCUGGGAUUGCAUUUUUAUCUCUGCAUAUGUGAAUAUGUUGCUAUAAUGUAUUAAGGCUGAUUUUCCUUUUAAUAUAUUUAGCCAAGUGAUGCACUUUAUGAUAAUUAAACUCUUUUGUGCCAAGUUUAAUUGGUGAAUUUCUUUAGUAAGUGGAGUUAGGAAAAACUUAUGUAGUGCCUUCACUAUUUCACUUUUAUACACCAGUCUGCUAGAAUCUGUGAGUCAGCUUUAUGAAAAGGUGUUUAUUUCAGAUUUGCUUAUAGUUGUUCAAAGUGCCUUGUUUCGUUUUUAUAAUAUGUAGUUACUCAUUUAUUUUCUAUUUCCACUGCUUUGCAUAUUGCUGUUAAUAAGUACUGUGAUCAUGCUAGCAUUCUGAAAUUCCACUUGGUUUUUUGAACUGCAUGUGCUUUCUAAAAGCUGAGGGAAACUUACUAGGGAAAUAGAAUAACAAUCUCCAGUUUUGUUUUCUUCACUAUCUAAAAGUUUAUCGGUAUCUUGAUGUACAUAUUAAAAUGUGGCUGUUUAAAAUUCUACUUAAGUAGAUAAAAGAUCAAUUGGCUAUUGUCAACUUUUGAUCUAAAAAGGGACUGCUUUUUACCAAAGGACCAAAAAUUGUAAAAAAAAAAAAAAAAAAAAACCUUUGUCCAAAUGCACAGGUAUGUUUUGUCUCAAAAUAUAUUCCACAAAGUAUACUAGAAAUGUGUUUACUAUCUUCGGAGAUAGAAAGAAUGUAAUAAACUAUUCUAUCUGUUCAUUUCAAAUAUUCUAGGCCUAAAAAGGCGUAAAAAGAACAAUCAUUUAAAUUAAUAUAAUUUUUAGUCGAAUAAAACAAGAUGAUCUUUGCUGAAUUUUGGACGUUAUAGUGCUAUAUUCAUGUCUGCUUUAAAGUGAACCAUACAUUUUCAAAAUCUAGCCUUUAAGAACAUUGUAUGUAAAGUUUUGGAUGAGUAAAGAAAAACCCUUGUUGAUAAGCCACUAUUAUUUAUAUUUAGAAUUUACUUUUUUUUUUUUUUUACUUUUGUGAUGCAUUUUAUUCCCAGUAUUAUAUUCAUUUAAUAAAUUAUUUUUUCAGUACAGCAGUAGCUAUGUUGUUUAGAUCUUGAAUACCAUUUUCCCCCUUCAAUUUCAAUGUUCUCUCUAUCCCUUACAAUUAUUGUAAAUUUAAUUAUACUUAACUGCUGCAUUUCACAGACAUGGAAUGAGUUUAUGAUUUUUUUAAGUUUAUACUUCAUAUUACUGAUAAUUUUAAGUCUUUGUGAAUAGGUGCAGUACACUUCAUAUGUAACCAAUAUUAAUAAAAAAAAUUGAACAUAAUUCAAGCAGAAAA